AUGACCCGUGGAACCGCUUCCAGAGCCGGCAGCUCUGCCCGAUCAACACAGCAGUCCCAGCCGCGAUCCAUCAAACGAAAUCGACGAUCCGAAUCCCCAAUAUACCUCUCAUCGCUUGCACUCAUUGCACCAGAAGACGCAAAACAGGCUCGUCAACGAUUCUUCGACGCCCUCGGGUCUGGUGACGAGCACCCAGGCAUGCCAAGGGUAAUUUCGAGCGCAAACCAGCUGAUAGAGGUGCAGCUCAAGAAGCUUUUUGACAUUCUUCAUGCUUGCGGAACAGCGACAGAAACUCCAUCUACGCUGCUGACUACACGUGGAAGCAUAGAUGGGUUCUUGGAUGCAGUUUUUAAUGACUGGACUAGCGACAAGGAAAGUGGGCUCGUGAAGCCUGAGUUGGAGUUUUUGGUGGAAGCUGACGUUGUCGCUGGGACAGUAUGCGCCAUACCAGAACACCAUCACGAUUUAGAGGCGUGUAAAGCAAACGACACUUGCAACGCUGUUGUUACCGCCGCUGUGUCGUUUAGCAGUAACCCUGCCAUGUUCAAAAUGGAAUUCACAAUGACUGAUCCCUUCACUGGACAACCGGAAGCCUUUUGUCCUCUGGGGAGGAAUGAUAUACGGUGGGCGCGAUCAAACUGGAGGGACUCGCUGCGACAGUCGCUGAAGGCGAGGCUCGUCGCCAAAGUGCAUCGAUAUAAUAAGCAUUUGGCAGUUUGGCACGCGCGAACUCUCAUUCACAAUUGGAGUAAAGGGGGUGUUUCGCUGGGACCGGACACGAGUCUAUUGGGGUUUAUGGGACGAGAUGAUGUUGCGCUGGGUUUGGUGCCUUUGGGACUGGACUCGGAGUCAUAG